AUGGGUCCGGAGUGUUCAUACUCGGGAUCGUAUGAACCAGCAGGCAAGCCUGAACUGAAGGAAGAAAUAUUAGCAGAAUUUUUUAUUGAUCAGCCAGCAUAUGAGGUUCAUUACGUCAUGGACACCGAUCCCGAAGCACCCGGAAAUGAAACAGCGCUGAUUUCAGGAAAUCAUAACUGUUCAAACACCGACGACUAUGACGUUCCGAAUGAUAAUGGUCAGCACCUAAGCGAUGAUACUGAACAACACUGUAGCUUGCUCUCCGAGUUUUUGGAGUCUCCAGAAACACCACACCUAAAAGGCAAUAUGAAAUACAAGUGUAGAAGCCCUGCUGUUUUGAUCUCUCGUCGGAGAUUCGAGUACCACAAGGCAAUUCAUGAGAAGAAGAAGAGGGAGGCAGAGGAAAAACAACGGAAGGCUGAGGAAACGCAAAAGAAGACUGAGGCAAUACAGGAGAAGAAGAAGAAUGAAUCAGAGAAAAAGCAACGGAAGACUGAGGAAAAGCAAAAGAUGGCUGAGGAAAAGCAAAUUAAGGCUGAGGAAAGGAAGAUUAAACAAACGAGCAAACAAGCACAGAAAUUGAAGAAUAAAAGAACCGAUAAACCCAAACAGGAGAGAGGAAAGAAGAAGAAGGAAGGUUAA